AUGACCGUCAAAGUCGAUCCCGUGGCAGCCGGCAGCGCUCACAAUCUCAAUGCUCGCUCAAAAAUCACGAUUGAGGAUCUCAAGACGAAGCAUGGCACCGAAGUGGACGGCCGGUUAAUUAAGAAUGACAAGGUCGUUGUUGAAGGCAGCUGUGCUGAGAUUAUGCUGGGCAAAUUCACCACAAAGUUUCGGAUCAUGUGGGAGCCUGUUGUCUUCACCUUUUCGUUCUCGAAGAAAGAACUGCAAAGCGGCCCAAUCGAAACCCUGCAAGACCGUUUCGAGCAACUAGACAUCAAGCUGCUCACAGAAUACCACCACAAAUGGACGACGCAUGUGGUAUCCAAGAAGCGGAACACUGUCAAGGCACUGCAAGCCCUGGUCGAUGCUCGGUACAUUGUGACGGAAACAUUUCUUGACGCAGUGGUCAAGGCGGCUUACUCUCCAGACGAUACCCAGACUUGUGUUUUGGAGCAAAACUUUGACAAGUGGCCAGACGCAAAGGAACAUGUACCAUCCCCCGGAGGCGAGCCGAAGCAACACACAGCAGAUAUAUACUACCCAGAUACUGGCAGAGCAGAUGUCUUUGAAGGAUACACGUUCAUUUUCUACGAUAGAUCGCAGUAUGAAAAUCUGAUGCCAGCGGUCAAUGCUGGAGGAGGCAAGACUCUGCUGGAAGAGGUCGUGGCUGGGAAGACAGAACCCGAAAGCUUUGCUCGUAGGGUAGAAGAGGUCGCCGGCGAAAAGGGGCUUGGGUCGUUCGAGGAUGGUAGUGAGGGCAAGGGCGUGGUUUUGGUGCGAUACAUCCCUUCCAAAGGGGACCAAGUCCAGUGGUAUGCCAACUUUUUCACCUCGGUGUCGUUGUUGCUGGACCAUCGGCCAAUAGACCAGAACGAGUUUCUGGAAGCUAUCUUGAUCAAGGAUGCGAGCAUUUUGCGAAGACCAUUGGAGAUCGAAUCCAGCACUGCGACCCAAGACAGGGCUCCUGGGUCACGCUCAGCGCAGGUCUCUCGAUCGGAGCGGUCAAGCCAGAGCGAGUACAGGGAACAGGCGUCGCAAAGUGUCGAGCCUGCAACAGCACAGCCGGCACCCCGAAGAGGACGGCGUGGACCUGUCAAGCGACGAUUUGUUGGCUUUGACAACGACAGUGACGACGCCACCAUGGCAGAUGCCCCAGCGGCGGCGGCGCCACCACCGCCACCGGUGGAGGACAGCAUACCAGUUUCGGAUGAAGAGGGUCUCUUCGUAUCGCAGCAGUUUUCGCAACAAGACCAGCCAGCGUCUACGAAAGCGCAGAAGAGACACGCCCCGCAGGAUGAUCUGAUGGAGGGCAUGGCACCAGCUGCCGCGCGCUUUAAGCGGCAACGUCUGGCGGAGCGUGACGAUUUCGCCGUGCCAGAUCCAGAGCCGGAGUCUGAAACCCCCGCGGCGCAAGAACCCAAGACUAAGAUCAAAAAGGAGGUCGACAUCUCGGCGCAACUGUAUCAACAUCGCCAGAUGGAGGAGGAGCGGGCUCGUCGGGAGAAAGAAGAUUUGGCAAACCUGCCGGACGACGUCGACCUCGCCGAGAUCCGCCGACUCAACAUUGUGGAAGAGAUGGAUAUCAGGCGUCCGGGCAUGGCACGCACGCGUGAGCAAGAUGUUGCCGACGGUCGAUGGAAUCCUAAAUGGAACGGCAUGAAGAACUUUAAAAAGUUCCGCAAACGCGGAGAGGUUACAGGGGCUCGUCAACCCGUGAAGCAGCUGAUCCAGCUGCAGGAAGUGAAGAACAAGGAAUUCGGAGUGGGCGAUGACUUUUGGCUGGAGGACGAGGGGACGCAGAAGCGGCACAGAAGCAGCCAGCGAAGCGUCGAAACGCGUGAGGAGGCUCCUCCACCACCUCCGCCACCGCAGCUAAGGGGUCGCGCGGCUCGUGUCAUUGGGUCCGAGAGCGAAGACGAGGAUGAGGAGCUGCCCGCUGUUUCGGAGAUAUCCGCACAGCCCUCCCGCACAAGAGUCGGCAGCCAGGCGUCUACGAGGCAAACGACGCUGAACAAGCGCCCAGCCCCGACGUCGGAAUCUGCGACAGAGCAAGCCCCCAAGAGGGCCAGGCCGACUCGCCGAGCAGCAGCGGCCGACGAGAGUGAUGAUAGUGACGAUGAGCUCAAGUUUAGAUUCGGCAGACGGCGCAAGUAG